AUGUCGCUGACGAUCCCCGCCAGCCUGUCGUACCAUGCGACUCACAGGCGGCCCGCUGUGCCUUUUAACGGAAGAAAGAAUGUUGGUGCUAGGAAGAGCUGCGGCAUUCCCGCACAGCACAGGGAAGGUGGCCCCCAAACGCCCGGUGAGGGGGUGGGCGACGGUAAUGAAGGGCGGCCCGCAGAGUCGUUCAAUAUAGACGACCUCAACCCCAUCAGCAUCGGAAGAAAGUCAAGGGAGGUGUUUGACGAUGUUUGGGCCCAGCUUCAGCGCAUCAGCUCCCCCACCAAGAGAGGGGACCUGCCGGGCCGGUACCUCAGGCCAGAGUUCGAGACGCCGGGCGCAAAGGGAACCAAGGUCCUGGUGACAGGGGUCACGGGCAGGGUGGGCCGCGUGUUGCUACGAAAGCUGCUCCUCCGAGGGUACACUGUCACGGCACUGGUCCGGCAGCGUGGCGGCGAGGAGCGCCAGACGCUGCCGCCGAGCGUGAGGCUUGUCACUGGAGACAUUGGUAAUUAUGAGGACUGCAGGGAGGCUGUGAAGGACGUGGACAAAGUUAUCUGCUGUGCAACUGCCCGGACAAGCAUCGUCUCUGACUUGGAGAGGGUGGACGUGGAGGGUGUGUCCAACAUCGUCCGGGCAUGGCAGGAUUCACAAAAUCAGAGGGCUCGGCUCAAGCACAGGCUAUCUCGAUUUGCCAAGCUAGAACUCGUACACUUCAAGAAGCCCUACAUAGGAGAUGACUGGAAGGUCCAAGCAGCUCCCGAGAGGUCAACUUCUGCAGGUGGCACUGGUCUGAGCCGGGUCAUGCGGACGGCUGGACCCAAGGAUGUGGCUGAUAUGGAGAUCAACGAGGAGGGAGUCAUGACAUUUUCAGGGGCUGUCUAUACGCUCUACAAUGGUGUCAGACUGACAGGCCGCCCAGCCCCAAGCGUCCGUACUGGCCUGCACCUCACGGAUGGCUUCAUCAUUCGAGCUCGGGGCGACGGCCAGAUCUACACGCUCACCAUCGCAACAGAAGCGGGCGAAGAGUACACUGCAGAGUGGGUUCCGCCACCGUCGUACAAGUCUGUCCGCGUCGCCCUCGCCAGCUUCAAGCCGGCUCUGGAGAGCCUCAAUGUCUCUGACAUCACGUCCAUCUCCAUCGGGUACAAUGCCUCAGACCAGACAGAGAGGAGCAGCGGACGGUCAGAGUUCUCUUGCAGCAUUGACUGGAUCAAGUGCAUGCCUGGCGGCCUGGAGCCAGACUUCAUCCUGGUAUCCUGCUCUGGUGCAACCAAGGGUCUGGACGAGACCGCGCGGGAACGGGUAAUAGCUGCCAAGCGCCGCGGCGAGCGUGCGCUAAGGGCCAGUGGACUCGGUUACACCAUUGUCCGUCCUGGUGCUCUGGUGGAGGAGACGGGAGGGUACAAGGCUUUGGUGUUUGACCAAGGUACACGCAUCUCCCAGAUCAUCAAGGAUGCGAAGACCAUCAUCCCGGGCGGUGUGAACUCCCCUGUGCGCGCCUUCAAGUCUGUCGGUGGAGAUCCCAUCGUCUUCGAUCGAGUAAAGGGUGCCUACUGCUGGGACGUGGACGGCAACAAGUACAUUGACUACAUCGGCAGCUGGGGCCCGGCCAUUGUCGGGGCCGCCCACGACGAGGUGACCGCCGCCCUGCAUGCGCAGCUGGACAAGGGCACCUCCUUUGGCGCACCAUGCGAGCUCGAGAACGUGCUGGCCAGGAUGGUCGUGGACCGGGUGCCGUCCGUGGAGAUGGUCCGCUUCGUCAACUCCGGCACUGAGGCGUGCCUGUCGGUGGUGCGCCUCAUGCGCGCUUACACCAAGCGCGAGAAGAUCCUGAAGUUUGUGGGGUGCUACCACGGCCACGCCGACCAGUUCCUGGUCCAGGCUGGGUCUGGGGUGAUUACCCUGGGCCUCGCCGACUCGCCGGGCGUUAUGGCCUCCACUGCCGCGGCCACGCUGACAGCACCAUACAAUGACUUGGAGGCGGUGAAGGCCAUCUUCGAGGCAAACAAGGGCGAGAUCGCUGGGGUCAUCCUGGAGCCGGUGGUGGGUAACGCCGGGUACAUCGAGCCCACCCAGGAGUUCCUCGAGGGCCUGCGUGAGGUCACCAAGCAGGAGGGCGCGCUGCUCUGUUUCGACGAGGUCAUGACCGGAUUCCGCAUUGCGCACGGCUGUGCCCAGGCACACUUUGGGGUGACCCCCGACGUGACCACCCUGGGGAAGAUCAUCGGGGGUGGCCUGCCUGUGGGAGCCUAUGGCGGGAGGCGGGACAUCAUGGAGCUCGUCGCCCCAUCCGGCCCCAUGUACCAGGCGGGGACGCUGAGCGGGAACCCGCUGGCCAUGGUGGCUGGCAUCAAGACCCUGGAGAUUCUGGACAGGCCGGGGGUGUAUGAGCAGCUGGACCGCGUCACCAAGCGCCUGGUGGAGGGCCUGCUGAAGGCUGCCCGUGACACGGGCCACGACAUGUGCGGCGGCAGCAUCAACGGCAUGUUUGGCUUCUUCUUCGCCAAGGGCCCCGUGCACAACUUCGAGGACGCCAAGGCCUCCGACACCGCCAAGUUUGCCAAGUUCCACCGGGGCAUGCUGGAGCGGGGCGUCUACCUGGCCCCCUCCCAGUUUGAGGCCGGCUUCACCUCCCUGGCGCACACGGACGAGGACAUCGACGCGACCAUCGCCGCGGCGCGGGACGUGCUGCAGCACCUCUGA